UUCGCAAUUCUACAAGGAAAAACGGGAUAUACUUGUUCAAUAGAUCAUUGUGAUUUAUUCACCAGCAAGGAAGCCUUAUCUCAGGGAUGUAACAACUACCCAAGAAAAGGAAUUUCUGAAAAUGAGUUCAAGAAAAGGCAUAUACUCUUGCGGUCUGGUACCAACAGAGAAGGAAACAAAAAAAGGGGGGCACGGGCAUGAGGGGAAGGAGGAAAGAGAGAAGAAAGGAAACCGCGUGGAGACAAAUUCAAAAGGGAGAGAAUAGGGGAUGUGAGUAGUUGUGAGUUGUGAGUUGUGACAGCACGUUAGCUGUGUAUGAAAAUGAAAAUAUUGUUAUAAUAUUGCCCGCGAUAAAGGCGCUUCAAAAUUGAAACAUCCGCCGAGCCCAUCGUUGCCAUAUGCCACCCCACACAGAGAGAGAUAAACAAAGAAUGGUGACUUCCUUUGUUUAAUCCGUCUCACAAAAUUCUCCUCACAGAGGCAUUGGCCUCUUCUGGGUGUGUUGUUGUUGCUUGCCUAUGCCAUCCACUGUUCAUGGGUUAUGCAGAGGAUGAUCUGAAAUCAUUAUUUUUCUUGUGAUUUGUUGUGAAGGAAAGCAAGAAAAGAAAUGAUUGGGAGCACAGAUCCUAAUCUGGGUAGUCCUUGUUCCUCCAAAGCCGCAGACCGGAGCAAGCCCAAGAGGCUGUAUCAAGUCUGGAAGGGGGCCAACAGAUUUUUCUGUGGUGGAAGAUUGAUCUUUGGUCCUGAUGUGGCAUCCCUCUUUUUGUCCACACUUCUAAUUGCGGGCCCUGGAAUAGGUUUUUGUAUAAAAAUCCAUUACAAGAUCAAAGAAGAUGAUGAUUAUGGUCGAAGGUUCGCACAUUACGUUGAUUUAAUGUUUCUCUUUGUGACAUCCAGUAGAGAUCCUGGAAUAGUCCCUAGAAACUCAAAGCCUCCUGAAUUAGAUGAAGCAUUUGAUGUAACAACCCCAUCUAUGGAGUGGGUCAAUGGUAGAACCCCUCAUUUGAAACUACCUCGAACAAAGGAUGUUCCAGUGAAUGGCCACAUAGUGAAAGUGAAGUACUGUGACACUUGUUUGCUUUAUCGUCCUCCUCGUGUUUCUCACUGCUCAAUCUGCAACAACUGUGUUCAAAGAUUUGAUCAUCACUGUCCAUGGGUUGGUCAAUGCAUUGGAAUACGCAACUAUCGGUUCUUCUUCAUGUUUAUAUCAACAUCAACCAUCCUGUGCUUAUAUGUCUUUACAUUUUCCUGGAUCAUCAUUAUUCAAGGAAAGGGCGAUGAUAUUUUGAAGGCUAUGGGAAAUGACUUCUUGUCAGAUUUUCUCAUUGUGUACUGCUUCGUGGUCAUCUGGUUCGUUGGUGGCCUUACAGUUUUCCAUUCCUAUCUGAUUUGCACGAACCAGACAACGUAUGAAAACUUCCGGUAUCGAUAUGAUAAGAAGGAGAACCCAUAUAGUAAAGGGAUUAUAAAGAAUCUCAAAGAAACUUUUCUCUCUAAGAUUCCACCUUCAAUGAAUGAUUUUCGAUCAUUAGAGCAGGAAUCCGAACCUAUGGUGGUUGAAUCUAUGACUUCCAAUCCUGAGGGAGGCAUCAUGAAUUUGAAAGAGAAAAUCGACAUAGAAAUGGGAGCUAAGCUUGCAGAAGAAAAUGGGUUUCGACUUCCUGAAAUUUUGAGAAAUUUGGAUUAUGAUGGUGUGGAUGAUAAUUUGAAAAGCAGGGAUGAAGAAGGAAGAAUUUCUUUUGACCCGUAUUUUUCUGCUGAACAAGACGAAGCAAUACUACAUGUGCAAAGCUCUGUUGUUGAGGAUGACACUAAAACAGACAAAAAGGUUGAUGAAGGAAGUAUCUCCAUACCAAGCACAACAACUCAACUAUAGAGGUUUGGCUGCCUGAAUAUCUCUUCUGUGGGCAUUAUGGAUGUGUGUUGUUUCUGCAAUGGCAGCAUUCGGUCAUCUUGAGAAGAGGCUUUAAGUCAAUUUCCAAAUACAGAGGCUGAAUGCAAAUUCAAUGGUGUUGAAGAGAUAGAUCAAAUACACUUUCUGCUGUUCAUUUUUAAAGUAGACUCAUAUUUGCUGUAACUGUAUGUGGUAAAUGUGGCAUCAUGUUCAGAAUAAUGCAGAAACAGGCAAUGAAACAAACCAUGAAACAAAGAUGUUGCAGCCCCCCCAUAAGAGUGAAAUUGUCAAUAGGGUGUGUUGUAGCUUCCCUUUUUCUCGUUAGUCAUUUUGAUUCAGCAUUUUCUAUUUAUUUAGUUAGGAAUUGUAUAGUAUUUGAAACCAACAGAUAUUUCAGAACAAGCUUGAUUUGGAUCAUUUCUGUGAAAUGCCCUUUUUUUCUUCCUCUUA